UGAAGGAAGCCCUGAGGUUGUCAUUGCGCAGGAGUCCAGAGCAAUGUAUGUCUCCAUGCCUGAAUGGAGGACAAUGCAUUCAGUCUGAUACAUGUGACUGCAGCUUGUAUCAGGCCACUGGACACAGAUGUCAGACAGUCCCAAAUCCUGGGUUCGAAAGAGAGAUGACCUGCAGAACGUGGGGCCAGUACAACUUUGAGACCUUUGAUGGCCUUUACUUCUUCUUCCCCGGCCGAUGCACAUACACACUGCUGAAGGACUGUGAGGAAAGCACGCAGGCCAACAUUGUUGUUCAGGUCCAUAAUGAUCCAGGCUGUGGCUCUGUCCCCUACACCUGCCAAAGAUCGGUCAGCCUCUUCCUGCCUUGGGAGGGUGAAGUCCGGCUAGAUGCCACCAGUGUAACCUAUAAUGGUCAAAGGUUGCAGCUGCCUCAUCACAUCCAUGACCUGCAGCUGGAGCAGAUCUCCCAGUAUGUUCUGGCGACGCUGCAUCACAGCUUCACGCUCGCAUGGGAGGGACGCAGCGGUUCCGUCUACAUCCAGCUCAGUCCGGAUUUUGUGGGCAGAACCUGCGGUCUGUGUGGAAACUUCAAUGCAGACGUCCAGGAUGACCUGAAGACGAGUUAUGGUGUGCUGACUAAUGAAAUUGAAAUGUUUGGGAAUAGUUGGGUAGAGACGGCGCCUCACCAGGACCGAUGUCCCGCGGUGCCUUCAGGCUUCUCCUCACCCUGUGCUGCAGUUGAUGCUCACGUGCUGUUGAAAGUGGAGGAGGUGUGUGCGAUGCUGCUGGAUCCACCAUUUCAGAGCUGCCAUGACUUUGUCAGCCCACUGUCCUACAUGGCCAGCUGCUCCAAUGACCUCUGCAUGUCGGGUCCCAGUGGCGAUGUGGUAUGCCAGGUGUUCACCGAGUAUGCCCGAGCCUGUGCCCACGCUGACCACCCACUGCACGACUGGAGGCAACACAUUCCUCAGUGUGCGAAGCAGUGUCCUCUUGGUCUGCAGUACAGGGAAUGUAUCAGCUGCUGCCCACAGUCCUGCAACAUAGAAAGAACGUGUAUUGACAGCAAGCUGGCCUGCUUGGAUGGGUGCUACUGUCCAAACGGUCUGAUCUAUGAGGACGGAGGCUGUGUGAUGCCCUCCGACUGUCCCUGUGAGUACCACGGCAUGUUCUACCCCUCUGGACAAACUCUGCAGGAGGAAUGCAACAACUGCACAUGCGUGGGUGGAGUGUGGAACUGCACAGACUACAGCUGCCCAGGCGAGUGCUCGGUCACUGGCGACAUGUAUUUUCACUCCUUUGACGGGCGGCUCUACACCUUUCCUGCAAGAUGUCAGUAUGUCCUCGCCAAGAGUCGGAACUCAGGAAAGUUCACAGUCACCAUCCAGAAUGCCCCCUGUGGAGCUAAUUUGGAUGGUGCCUGCAUCCAAUCAGUUAACCUGGUCAUUGAUGAGGAUCCGAAAACAGAGAUAACACUGAGUCAUGUCGGAGAGGUCUUCAUGGCUGGACAGUACCGCAUCUCCCUGCCCUAUUCUGAUGAUGUUUUCCACAUCCAGGAGCUGUCAUCCAUGUUCCUCCAGGUGAAGACAACGUUCGGUCUGCGUCUACAGUACAGCUGGAAGGAGUUCCGUCUUUACCUGCAGGCCGAUGAGCGGUGGAAGGACAACACGGUGGGGCUGUGCGGCACCUUCAACGGAAACAUUCAAGAUGACUUCCUAUCUCCAUCAGGUAUGAUAGAAAGCACUCCCCAGUUGUUUGGAAACGCCUGGAGAGUCUUGUCAGCGUGUUCAACCAGCCUGAGCACACCUCAGCUUGACCCCUGUGACACACACCAGCAGGCUGUGGCCUACGCCUCCAGUAUGUGUGACAUACUGAACCAGGAUCUUUUCUCUGCCUGCCACGAGUACCUCAGUCCGACACCUUUCCAUCAACAGUGUCGCUCCGAUACCUGCAAGUGCGGUACGCCGUGCCUCUGCUCUGCUCUAGCCCACUACGCCCGCCACUGCCGCAGAUUCUCUGUCAUCAUUGACUUUCGAGCUCACAUACCCGACUGUGCGGUCACCUGUUCUGCCAACAUGCAGUAUGGCACCUGCGUGUCCUCCUGCCAGAGCCGCUGCUCCGCCCUCUCUGUCCCGCAGCACUGUGGGGAGGAGUGCGAGGAAGGUUGCGUCUGCCCUCAGGGAUCCUUCUACAACCAUCGGACACACACCUGUGUGCACAGGAGUGAAUGUCCCUGCAGUAUCCUUGGAGCAGAUUAUGAGCCGGGAGAUGAGAUCCAGACGUCAGCAGGUGUUCAGCUUUGUCUGAAUGGUAAACUGGUGUCUCAAACAAUGGACAGUGACAGGUUGUGUCCAGCAGGUCAACUUUACCAGAACUGCUCCGAGGGGGAGGAUGACCUCCUGCCAGGAAGGGGUGUUGCCUGUGAGCGCACCUGUGAGUCAUAUUUGCUCAACCUCACCUGCUCGACACAUGAGCCCUGUGUGACUGGAUGUACCUGCCCCCCUGGCCUGCUGAAACAUGGAGAUGAGUGCUUUGAACCUGUGGCCUGCCCCUGUUUGUGGAAAGGAAAGGAGUAUUACCCAGGAGACAGAGUCUCCUCUCCCUGCCAUGAGUGUGUUUGCCAGCACGGAACGUUCCAGUGUGUGUUUCGUCCAUGUCCAUCCAUGUGCACGGCUUACGCUGAUCGCCACUACAGAACAUUUGACGGCCUGCUGUUUGACUACGUUGGUGCAUGCAAAGUCUAUCUUUUAAAGAGUAGCGAGGGUGUGAUGCUCAGUGUUACAGCCGAGAACGUCGACUGUUUUGACAGUGGAGUUAUCUGUAGGAAAUCACUAGCGAUCGCUAUUGGACGAUCCUUCAUAGCCUUUGAUGAUGACACUGGAAAGCCGAAUCCAUCCAGUGUGAUUGACAGGAAGCAGAGGAUGUUCAUGUGGCCGGCUGGAUACUUCACAGUGAUUCACUUCCCUGAGGAUGAUGUCACCAUCCUCUGGGACCGCAAGACCACAAUCCACAUCCAGGUUGGACCUCAGUGGCAGGGGAAGCUGAGCGGGCUGUGCGGAAACUACGACCUGAAGACAGUGAACGAGAUGCGGACGCCGGACAACAUUGACUCCUCAACACCGCAGGAGUUUGGCAACAGCUGGACCGCGGCAGAGUGUGUGAACAGCCCCGACAUCAGACAUCCCUGCAGCCUCAGUCCCCUCAGAGAGCCUUUUGCAAAGCGGCGGUGCGCCGUCUUGCUCACUGAGGUCUUCCAGGCCUGCCACCCAGUGGUGGAUGUUACAUGGUUCUACAUGAACUGCCUGGCAGACACAUGUGCCUGUAGUCGUGGAAGUGACUGCGAGUGUUUCUGCACCAGCGUGGCAGCGUAUGCCCAGCGCUGCUGUCACCAGGGCGUUCCUGUCGACUGGCGCUCCCCGUCUCUGUGCCCCUAUGACUGUGAAUUCUUCAACAAAGUUUUGGGGAAAGGCCCCUUCAGGCUCAUCCCAUUCCGGGAUCGCAGCACUGUGUUGGCAGCCAACAGGUCUGGCGGCUCGGUGUUCCUCCAGCGGGUGAACAUGACCACCAGCACCACCAGCACCACCAGCAUCCUCAGCAGCAGCAGCAACAUCGGCAGUAGCAUCCUGUCACAGUUCAUGAUGACGCCAGGCCUCAGCAGAGCCCGACCACACGACACGUCACGGGUUUCCUUUGAGGCAGUGCACAGACCAAACUUCUUCCUGUAUGCAAGCCCCAGUGGCCAGGUGAGGCUGGCCAAGUGGGAGGAGAGUGAUGCAUUCUGGGAUGGGGCCACCUUCGUUCUCCACAGGAACACCUGGAUCCCUGGCUAUGACUCACUGGAGUCCCACGCAAAACCUGGCUUUUUCCUGCACGCCACACUGCCUCGACUCCACCUGCUCAAAUACAGACAUGCUGACAUUUUCCGCAAGGCCACGCUUUUCAGACUGACAGGCUCCAGCUCAGAAGUCCCACCACAUCCUGUAUGUCAAUGGAGAUACGACUCCUGUGUCAGUCCCUGCUUCAAGACCUGCAGCGACCCAUCGGCCGAAGCCUGCAUCACCAUCCCACAAGUGGAGGGCUGCCUUCCUGUCUGUGCCCCACACAUGGUCUUGGAUGAGGUCACUCAUCGCUGUGUCCAUGUGGAAGACUGCAUCAAGGCUCCUGUUGUCGUGCAGCCAUCCACUUCAUCCACAGCUCAGUCCACCUCUGCAUCCACUACAAGCACCACCAUAAGCACCACUGCCUCCUCCACCCUCCUGAAGACCACAGUUACCACUGAAUCAUCAGCUUCUCCUCACACUAGUCCUACCACUAAACUCACUACAGCUCCUCCAGGCAUCAGCACACAGGCCACAUCUACCACACCGCCUGCUCCCUCUGAUGAACCAACACGACCUGUUACUGCAACCUUUUCUUCACCUCCUGAACUUUCCAAAACACUCGGACCCCUGUCUUCCCCAACAGCCCCGCCUCUUGUCCAGCCAGAGCAGCUGUCUACAGCCAAAGUGACCGAAAACCCUCCCACCACUAUAACAGCUACAACAGCAUGGAUGCCUGGGACUGGGGUCACCGUAAGCCCCAUUGGCCGCAGCACUCCAAAGAUGACCAGCACACCUUUUACUAUCACUGCUCUGUUCUUGAGCACCAUCUCCACCAAACCUGCAGACUCACUUAAUACCACUGCCACGACCCUGCAGACAGCCACACCCACAGCACUGACCACCACCUCCACUGAGGGACCAACCACCACCAGUGCUCCCCAUCCUGUUCUUGUGCACCCAACCAAAGAGACCACAGAGGCUACAACACCUUCAUCAGCAGUUACUCCAACUGUGGCAGCUUCGAGCUCAGGUGCUGGUCUAAUCUCAGAAACAUCUAAAGUUACAGACACAACCAUUGUUCCCAGUACAACUACGAGUGCUUACACAGACACGAGUACAAAGACUGUAACAGUGGAGAGACUAUCUUCAACCACAACCACACCAGUCCCUCCUGGCCUACUCAGCACAACACUCACAACUGCUUCACCUCUCCCCACUAUGCCUCCUGUCGAAACAGGAACUGUGUCUUUGCCCACAGCCACUUCGUUAAAAACCACCGCAUCUGUAACACUCAUCGCACCUUUCAGCACCAGUAAAACAACACCAUAUAUGAUUCAAGAGACAACAGCACCUGCUUCUACCUCAGAGAAGAGUCUGUAUACCACAUCUACUAAACUGACAACCUCCACUACAUCAGUACCUGAGGAAACAACAUCAACCCAACACGAUGUUGCACCCACCACUGCUUGGUCCUCAGCUGCUACAGCCUGGAGAACAACAACAAAGAAAGUGGACAUACCUGAAACUUCUGUUUCUGAAAUAUCGGCAGCUGCCACUACAGCAACGGCUACACUUACAGAGACUACAGACACAACAACAACUCCCGUGUCCAUCUCUACAACCUACAUCGAGAGUACUUCCUGGUCUGCUGCUGUCCCAACUACAGAGAGAACAACUCAGACAUUCCCAAGACCUUCAGAGGUUUCAAGAGUGUCCACCACGUCCACUGGUCGGCCUGUCACAACAAAACAAAUUGCACUUCCAGAGUCUCAUACAGAAACCACUACAGUAUCACUUACACCCACAACAGAGAGCUUCACUCGUCCUCCAGCUACAACACGUACCUCUGAGUCAUGGCGUCCCCCCCAUCAGGACACCUCCUCUACCCCAGUCUACACCUCGUCAGUCACAACACCAGCGGUCACUUCUGAAAUUCAUGUGGCCUCUUCCACUACAAUCACUGAAGUACCUCAUCCUCCAGUUACAGCAACAAAACAGUUAGUCACCUCUGCAACGUCAACAUCGUCCACAGCUUCCACUGCUCCAACUACAACCUUUUAUAAAAUUUUAACUGCAGGAAUUGGAGCCACCGGAAGCAGUAAACUGGUCACACCCCCGCCACCUGAACCGGGUGCACCCGAGACUCAUCUCACCACAGCUGCUACAAAGUCCCCACCAGCUAUUGUCACCGCAACACUCAGACCUGUUGUACAGCCGCUUACAGAGGCGACACAUCCAGUGACAGGCAGAGUGGAGGUGUCAACAAGAGCCACAACUACGCCGCCUCCAUCUUGGUCACCACUGCACACAACCACUGUAGCAGCUCCAAGGCCUAUGACUUUGCCUGAAAAAGUCACCACCCGACUGGUGUCCACCAUAAGAGCUACACCUGCCUCAGCAACUGCAACCGUCACACGCACAACGGCCCUCAGGACGACUCCCAGAGUUGCUGUGACAACAAGAGUUACCCCAAGAGUCACAGUGACUGAGAGGUCAACCAUCAGGCCAAUCACUGCAAGGGUUACCGUAGCAUCAAGGCCCUCUACAGUAGUCACCAGAUCAACCACUCCCCGCCUUCCAGUGGUCACAUCAAGCACCAGCACUACAACCACACCUGGAGCGCCAUCUGUAACUGUGCAAACAUCUCCCGACACAGUCACUACAGUGAGCACAACAGAACAUGCUGCCUCAAUCAUAGCAGUUCCAGACUUGACCACCGUAACUGCUCCAGUGCCUGUUCCUACUCUAAUGACAGCCACAGCAUCAACUGCCAUCCCCACAACGACCAGCAGAGAGACUGUCUCAUCUGAGAGAACUCUGGCUACUAAAGAGACUGACGUGUCCCCAUCCACCCCCCAACCGGUGACGUCUCCACCUGAGAUCUCCACCCAUGAGCACGGUAUCCCCUCUCCUGCUGUGACGCCACAUCCAACAACCACCACCGUGCAAACCACUGAGCCAGUGGUGGAUCAAAGCAGUCCAGGUGCAACAAUACCGUCUGUAACGACAUCCCCUCAUGCACCAGUGGAAACAACCAGACACACAGCCAAGGACACAACGUCUGUGGCAGUGUCCCCUACAGGAAUGUGCGCUCCUCCAUAUGCAGAGAUUGUUGAUGAGUGCACCAAGUACAUCUGCGUCAACAACCAGCUUGUCCUGUUUAACAAAUCUCAAAGCUGUCCCUUCACCUCUGAACCACCGAACUGUGGCCUGCUCGGCUUUGCUGUCCAGGUCAAUGGGGACAAGUGCUGCCCUCAGUGGGACUGUCCAUGUCGCUGCUCAAUGUUUCCGGACCUGAACGUGAUCACGUUUGAUGGGAACAGUGUUGCUGUCUACAAGGCUGCCUCAUACAUAGUCACCCAGCUGCCCAAUGAGACUGUCAGUGUCCUGGUUCAGGAGUGUCCUGCCGAUUCUGAGUCACCACUCCUGUGGAAUUUUACUAACCUUUGUCUUGUGGCCCUAAACAUCACACACAAAUCCAACCACAUCGUCAUCAACAGGCUGCAGAGGAGGCUCUAUGUAAAUACGCGGUACGCCAAACCUCGUUUUAAAAAAUAUGGCUUUGAAAUCUACGACACAGGCAACAUGUAUCUGAUUCGUAGCCCUGCCGGUCUGAGGCUGCAGUGGUAUCACAGCACUGGCAUGAUGGUAAUCGACACUGACAGCUCCAGCAACAAGCUUUCUACACUGGGCCUCUGUGGUUUUUGUGAUGGCGACCCAACCAAUGACCUGACUUUGGCCAACGGCACCACGGUGGGUGUAAGUGAGGAUCCGGCCGUGUUCAUUGACAGCUGGCAGGUUCCCAACACGACCAGUUACAUCAGCCAAAGCCGCCGCCGUGAGCUCAACUGUUCGACCAGCGACUGCUCCAGCUGCCUGGCAAUGUUGCACCACCGCAACUUCUCCCCCUGCCAUGCCUUUGUGCCACCCAGUACAUUUUGUGAGGUUUGGAUACGAGAUGCAGAGUACGUCAACAACCAGUGUGUGGCGUUGGCUGCGUAUGUGGCCUCUUGUCACAAAUUUAAUAUCUGCAUUGAGUGGAGGAGUCCAGAAUACUGCCCCUUUGUGUGUCCCAACACCCUGCGGUAUCAGGCCUGUCUGCCAGCUUGCACCUCCCAGUCCUGCCCCAACCACGACUUUGACUCUGACCCAGACCAGUGCACCGGCCUGACCGAGGGCUGUGUGUGUCCUGAGGGAACGCUCCUCCACCGGCCGUACUCUGCCCUCUGCGUGUCACCUGACAAGUGUGCUUGCACAGACAGCUCCGGCGUUCCUCAUGCAAACGGCGAGAUGUGGAAAGCCUCGAAGGACGCCUGCUGCAUGUACCGCUGCGACAAAGACACCAUCGUUCCCGUCGAAUACAACUGCUCCAGCGUGGCAGUUCCCGUGUGCAGUCGAGCAGGCGAGGUGGUCAUCAGUCUGGCCGAUGACACCAGCUGCUGCCCACAGAAAGUCUGCGUGUGUAACCAGAGCCUGUGCGACCUGCCGCCUCCUGCGUGUAAAUAUGGGGAGAAGCUGGUGUCAUACUACAAACAGGAGUCCUGCUGUCCACACUUUGUGUGUGAGUGUGAUUCUGAGCUCUGUGAGUCCAACGUUCCCAUGUGCAGAGAUGACCAGAUUCUGAUCGCCACCAGAGCUGACAGCAGCUGCUGUCUGGCCCACAUCUGCAUGUGCUCCUCCUCUUGUCCGGCGAAGCCUUCUCUCUGCCAGGAUGGCGAGGUGCUGACAAUUGAUGGCAACACCACUCACCGCUGCUGCCCCACCUACCAGUGUGAAUGUUCCUGUGAAAAGAUUGCUUCCCCAAAAUGUGACCUGGGAGAGGCUGCUCAGCUGGACCGGGCCUUCAUGUCAGACCCACAGAACCAGUGUGCCUGCAAAAGAUACAAGUGUGUGCGUGAAGCAGUGUGUGUGUUUGGUGAGCGGGGAGUGCUGAGGCCAGGUCAGACCCUAGUGGAGCAUGGGGACGAUGGCUUGUGUCACAGCAGGCAGUGCAGCCGCAGCCUCGACCCGGCCAGCGGCUUCCACCUGCUCCGCACCUCCAGCAUCAAUUGCUCCACCCACUGCCAGCCAAAUCAGAUCUACAUCCCUCCCAAGGACCAGUCGACGUGCUGUGGUGUUUGUAAAAAUAUUUCCUGUCUCUAUGAACAUGAGAAUGGGACAGCUGCUCUUUACAAGCCGGGGAAAUCCUGGGUGUCAAACUGCUUGAAGUUCGACUGCACAGACACUUUGUCUGGACCCACGCUCGUCUCCUACUCGUUCAGCUGCCCCCCCUUCAAUGAAACCGAGUGUGUGAAGGUUGGUGGAACUAUCGUAAGUUACAUGGAUGGAUGCUGUAAAACAUGCAAAGAAGAUGGAAAGUCGUGUCAGAAAGUGACAGUGAGGAUGACGAUCAGGAAGAAUGACUGCCGCAGCAACAGGCCGGUGAACAUUGUGUCAUGUGACGGGAAGUGUCCAUCUGCCAGCAUCUACAACUACAACAUCAACACGUACGCUCGCUUCUGCAAGUGCUGCAGGGAGACGGGGCUGCAGCGUCGCUCCGUGCAGCUCUACUGCUCCAGCAACGCAACCUGGGUCAGCUACACCAUCCAGGAGCCCACUGACUGCUCCUGCCAGUGGUCCUGAACACACACACACUCAGUAACCUGCUCUGGUUCCUCUGCUGGUAAGGAGGUGGUACUGCAACCUGUGUUCCUCAGCAGCAGCGCUGAGGGUGUCAAGUCAAACCAACGUGGCUGUGGCAGCUUUCAAAUCAGUGUUACGUCAGAUCAUCAUCAGUUUAACCAACAGCAUGCGUUACAUAGAACCAAUGAGAGUGUGGUGGAGCAGACUGCUCAUCUGUAACUUCAGGCCAGUACUGUUCAUUAUUAUAAUUACAAUAUUGAAAGAAAGACAAGUUCAGAUAAUAUACACCUUUUUAUUUUCUUAACUAUCCUCUGUGAUUCAUACAGUUGUAUCAAACAUCGCGAUGUUUCAAUAAGAGCAAUGUCUGUAUUGGGCUCAGUGACUUUUCGUCCACUUAUGUACAGGCUGACUGUUGCAUUAAGGUAACUGCAGGAAAAGAUACAUGUAGCUAAAGUCAUUAUUAGAUCUCAGAUUACCGUCAAUCAUUCAUGAGCACAAUUUCAAUGAGUUACUUGAUGUUUGGCUCAAAGAAAAUUGUGAUGUUUGUUCUACUUUGACUUGAAACCAACUGCUCUUUAGCGCUGCUGCUGCUGCACCGCCACCUCCCUGUCAGUCUGCAGAAUAAAAUAUCCAAUUAAGCAAAGAAUUUAGCUCGUCUUCAGUCCUGAAUUACAAAGAUUAAGGGCAACACAUUUAAAAAAAUAAUCAGGUGCUUCUGGCCAUGGAGCCCUGGGGUGUGUUUGUGUGCUUUUCCCCUGUCACGGUCAUCGUCUGAUUGCAGAUUUAUAUUUUACCAGAAUUCCCUAGUUGCUUUGUAAAUAACUCAAGUUUCCUAACUUUUUGAAAAUGAUUUGCAAUAUCAAAUUUCUUAGAUAUUUAGCUUUAAGUAAGACAGCAAUAAACUGUAUAUCUGCUGAUUACCCGCGUAUUUUAAGUAAUCGGUGUUAGUGAGGUGGAUUAACUGAUUUACAUCCAGUAGUAUGUGGAGCACUUUAUUUAUUUAUUGGAGUUUUUGAUAGAGGAAAAAUAUUCGACUCAAAUGGAGAACAAAGACAGCAAACAUUGGCACAAAAACAGGGCACAGAACAUUCAAAGAGACGGUGUUGGAGUCGUAUAGAUGCAUGUUUCUCGUGUUAAAAAAAGGAUUUGUAUCAUACAA